AUGGCGGACAGACGUAAUUGGAGUAUCCAAGAAGAGGAUGUACUGAUUAGCAUUCUACAAGAGAUUGUAGCAGCCGGUGGUAGGAGUGAUAAUGGGUGUUUUCGGACCGACACAUAUGAGCAAAUCAUUUUAAAGAUGAGUGAAAAGAUUCUUGGCCUUAAUAUAACAUCAAAACACAUCCAAAACAAAAUGAAGCGGCUCAAGGAUAAGUAUUCAGCAACUUAUGACAUACUGAAUACAAGUGGUUUCAGUUGGAAUGAUGCACAUCAAUGCGUAACGGUGGAUGCUCAAGUUUUAGAAGAAUACAUAAAGAAACAUCCAAGCAAAAAUUAUAUUGCCAACAAGCCGUUUCCUCAAUAUGAGCGAUUGAAGACAAUAUUUGGAAAAGAUUGA